AUGACCACGACUCCUGCGCGUGCUGCGCUCGCGAACCCCUCUAUUGCCCAUCUGGGAUUGCCCACGAGCGGCACAUCCACCCCCACAGUCAAGAACUUGCCUGGAUACACGACACCCAUAUUCACGCGUAAAGAUGAACAACGCAAGGAAGUCGAGGCCAGCGUUGCCUCCAAGGGCUUCAUGUCUCCCGAGCUCGUGAAGCAUGAGGUUGGCUGGUUCUACGAUUCUCUCGGCAUCGACGACACUUAUUUCGCCAAUGAACCUGUUUCUAUCAUCACUGAUCACAUUCUGGCCCUCUUCGGCGCCAAGAUUAUGGCUUUCACUCAACACGACGCGAACAAGCUUGUUAUCGAUCUCGAGCAAACCUCUCCCGAUGGUGACCGUGCUACUUUUAUUCACACUAGUGCACCUGGUGUGACAUCCAAAGACGGACCUGGCGCGACCUGCGAGGCUAGGAUCGAUGGCCAAUACCUUGACGAGUCUACUCCCGAAACUGCCUAUCGGCUUGAAACUUAUCGCUCUGGAGGAUCGAUCAGCGCAAAUGCUUCUCAACAACUUCGAUGCUACUUUGUUCAGAAGUGCCAGUUUCCCCCAGCAAGUGCCAAAAAGACCAUCAAGGGCGAGGAUGACAUUGAACGAACCGACAUUCGCACCGUUUCCGACAAGUCCUUUUUGGAAAAGGCCUCGGACAACACCCUUGAGAUCUACCAGCAAGUCAUGUGGAACGUGGAGGAGCGUUAUGGUCCUGUAAUUGAAAUGUUCGAAGUUGAAGGCACCCGAGAGCGCCGCGUUGUCAUCGGAUAUCGCAUGGGCGGCACCAAGCAUUUCUUCAGCGCCUUGUCAGACCUCUACCACUUCUACGGGCUGUACUCGGCCAGGAAAUACGUUGAGCAAUUUGCAAAUGGCGUUACGAUCAUCUCUUUGUACUUGAACCCACUUCCGAGCAGCAACGCUCCACCCAUUGAGCACUCGAUUCACCAAGUCAUCAAAGAGGCCUCCCUACUUUACUGUCUCCCAGACAACCCAUUCUUCCGUGGCACUACUCCAGGCGGCGCUGCGGCCGUUUCCAACAUCCACGGCUCUCAUGCUGUCCAAGAAGCAACUUAUGCCUACGCCGGCUGGAUCUUCGCUCAGCAUUUCUGUAACCGUCUUGGUCCAUCCUAUGGCGCCCUUCGCGAGGUCUUGGACGAGUCGAAUGCGGUUCAUGCUGAAGUUCUCAACAACAUCAAGGUUCGCUUCAGGGAGGAGACGUUUACUCGCGAGAGUAUUGGAGAGGUCAUUGCCGCUUAUCCCGAAUUGAUUCGCAUGCUCUAUGUCAACUUUGCGAUGAACCAUUAUCCCGCCCAGGACGAGGCCAGCCAGCUGAUGCCGACCCUUUCGUACCAACGUCUUCAAACCGAGCAGCCUCUCAGUGACGAGGAACUUCGCGACAAACUGCGCCGAACUGUUCCAAACAAACAGGAACUUCAAGUUUUGGAGAGUUUCUUGAUUUUCAACAAGCAUGUCCUCAAGACCAACUUUUACCAACCCACAAAGGUUGCGCUCUCGUUCCGUCUUGCGCCCAACUUUUUGCCCGAGGUCGAGUACCCCAAGCAACCGUUUGGAAUGUUCUUCAUCAUUGGUUCCGAGUUCCGUGGGUUCCACAUUAGGUUCCGCGAUGUUGCUCGAGGAGGUAUCCGUAUUGUUCGCUCGAGGAACAAGGAGAACUACUCGAUCAACCAGCGUAUGCUGUUCGACGAAAACUACGCGCUCGCUGCGACUCAAACACUAAAGAACAAGGAUAUUCCCGAGAGUGGAGCCAAGGGCACGAUCUUGCCUAGUUUGGGUGCUGCUCCGGAGCUGUGCUUCCAGAAAUACGUUGAUGCUGUUAUCGACUUGCUCAUCCCCGGGAACACUCCUGGAAUCAAAGAGCCUAUCGUUGACCUCUAUGGCGAGCCUGAACUCUUGUUCUUUGGUCCCGAUGAAGGUACUGCUGAUCUGAUGGACUGGGCAGCCAAUCAUGCUCGUUCUCGCGGUGCACCAUGGUGGAAGUCGUUCACGACUGGCAAGAGUGCCAAACUCCUCGGCGGUGUUCCUCACGACACAUAUGGCAUGACUUCGUUGUCCGUUCGUCAAUACAUCUUGUCCAUCUACAAACAGAACGGCUUGAGAGAGAAGGACGUGACCAAGGUUCAAACCGGUGGACCGGAUGGUGAUUUGGGAUCCAAUGAAAUCCUCUUGAGCUCUGACAAGACUGUCGCUGUGAUUGACGGAAGUGGUGUAUUGGCCGACCCAGCUGGUAUUGAUCGCACGGAACUUGUCCGCUUGGCCAAGGCCCGCAAGAUGGUUUCCAACUUUGACAAGUCCAAGCUGAGCAAGGACGGAUACAUCGUUCUUUGCGAGCAGCAUGACGUCAAGUUGCCAUCUGGCGAGGUUAUUGCCGAUGGUACUGAUUUCAGGAACAAUGCUCACUUGAGGUUUAAGGCUGAUAUUUUCGUGCCUUGCGGUGGUCGUCCGGAGGCCAUUAACAUUUCCAACGUUUCUCGUUUGAUUGACCACGAUGGGAAGCCUCACUUCAAGUACAUUGUCGAGGGCGCCAACUUGUUCAUUACCCAGCAAGCAAGGUUGUUUUUGGAGAAACGCCGUGUGGUCUUGUUCAAGGACUCCAGUGCCAACAAGGGUGGUGUUACUUCUUCAUCCCUUGAAGUCUUGGCUGGUCUAGGAUUGUCUGACUCGGAAUACAUCGAACACAUGAUCUUCAAGGACGGCAAGCCUUCAGCCUUCUACGAGAGCUAUGUCAAGGAUAUCCAGGCCAUCAUCUCUAGCAACGCAUCUCUCGAAGCCGGUUGCAUCCAGAACGAAUACAAGCGUCUCAACGGCUCCAAGCCUCGUACCCUCAUUUCCGACGAGCUCUCGAGCAAACUCAACGACCUCCAGGCUGAACUCGAGUCCUCGGACUUGUUCGACGAUGUUGCCAGCCGCCGUGGUGUUCUCGGGCGCGCCAUCCCCCAGACGCUCGUCAAGCAGGUCGGCAUCGACACUCUCCUCGGGCGCUUGCCUGAGCCUUACCAGCGUGCGCUUUUCUCGAGCUGGGUCGCUGCGCACUUUAUCUACAAGUAUGGUGUCAACGGCACCAGUGUCAACUUCUUCAACUUUGCACGAACCCUUGCGGAAGGUGCAUAA